UAAAAUGAAAUCGAUUGAAAUAUUAUUAAUUACUUUUGCCAUAGGAUCAUGCAUUUACACACCUGAUGAACGUCAAUUUAAUUAAGAAGCAUUAACAGGAGCGUUUAGAUUUAACAAUUUGCCUGAACCACAACAUGUAUCGAAUUGUGGAGAUGAUGCUAUUUAAAUUGAUAUUUUUAAUUUUGUUGGAUAUAUGGUCCAAAAAGCAGACAAAGCAAGCUUGUCUUAAUUAUUAGGACUAAAGAAAGAAGUUGACGAUUAUUUUAAUGUAGUUAAAUUAAAUAAUUAUUUAGGCACUUCCAGAAGAAUACACAAGUUGCUUAUAUGGUGAACCUGAAUUUGCAGAGAUCUGUACUAUAUAUGGAUUGAAAGAGACUGAUAAAAUGGAAUAAAUCACCGAUAAAAUUUAUUAAUAUGCCAUGGCUCAUUUUAUUUCCACAAAGAAAGAGAUUCAUUAAGGAAAUAUUUUAUGGAAUACAGACCAUAACUAUAAUGAUGCAGGAUAUUNUAUAUAUGAUAUUUAAAAUGAAAUAUAAUUAAAUAAAUUUAAAAAUAAAAUUAAUAAUAAAUUAAAUAAUGGGAAACGAUAUGCAAAGAGUGUAAUAAUUAGGGGAUAGUAUAAGAUAAUUGAGAGAAGAUAUGGAUGCAUUAUCAAAAAUUGCCCCUUAAGUUGAA